CAGUUACAGGCAGUUUUCAGCGCGGUGGUUUUCGGCAGUGUCUUCAAAAUAGCAAGCCAGCAAUUGUGCGUUGCUAAAAAACAAUGGAUAUAUCCAAACUUAAGGUGGCUGAGCUUAAGGCGGAGCUGGCGGCGAGAAACCUCGACACGAAAGGUGUCAAGGCUGUUCUAGUCGAUCGGUUGAAGGAGGCAAUAGAACGCGAAAGCAACGCCGCCUCCAACCUCGCCCUAGUGGGUGAUCAACAUCAUCUUCAGGUGCAACAGCAAUAUUUGCUUCAACAGCAACAGCAGUUGCAAGCUCAACAGCAACUACAAUUGCAACAACAGCAGCAGCAGCUGCUUUUCCAACAGCAGCAGGAACAGCUUUUACUACUCCAACAGCAACAGCAGCAGCAGCAGCAGCAGCAACAGCAAAAUGCAAUGGCUACUGAGUUACAGGCACAACCUCAAGACCAGGCUAUUGAGGAUCUUUCAAUGCCAACCAAGAGAGUGGACACUCCAGUUCGACGUCGCAGUACUAGACGAUCGAUGACACGGUCGCCGUCUCCCACGAACAAUUCUGGGGAAAAUCCACACGCAUCGUUAAUGGGUAGCGCGCGUAAACGGGGUCGAUCGCGUUCAAUGACGAAAUCCCCGUCCCCGCAACGGCUAACGAGUGAGGUUCCGUGCCUAGCAUCGGUACAGGAGGAACCGGAGCCGCCUGCAGCAGUCUUGACGGAGGAACGGCUGACGGCCGCUGAGGUAACACCCGAGGUUACUCCGACUGUUCCCGUCGAGGAGAAUGCAUCUGUUGCUGCUCCUGUGGAAGACGCUCAUCCACCCAAAACCUUAACCGAACUUGACCCGCUGUUGGAAGAAGAGCAGUCUGAUCUUCUCGAUGGACCGGUUAUGGAUAUUGACGAUAACGAUUCACUCGCCGAAUCGGAACUAUUGGGAAGCGAGCCAAAUAAUGCGAGUUUUGAGGAAAAACCAGAUACACAACAAACAGAUUUGGCCGAAAGUGCUGCACCCGUGGAGGAAGCUGCUUCAGCUAGCCAGGAUUUGGAAACGAACAAUGACGCAGGUACGGCCAAGACCGAAGAAGAACCCAAACCGGAGGUAGAAAGUGAAGCUGACAAUAAAGCUACCCCACCAACCACUGUGGAGGAAAAGGCGAAGGUUGAAUCGUCCAACACGACUGAAAAGAAGCAGCCUUCGGGACAGCAGGCACAAAAUACGAUGGUUGAGUUUGUUUCGGAAGAAAGUGAACCACAGUUGGCACCGGAAGCCGGCAAUCUAUUUACCUUGAGCUGGUAUGAUUCGGAUCUGAACCUUGCCAUUGACGAAAAGGAUUUGCUGUCCGCAAAACCGCUUUCGGAUGGUAUAUUCGGAUUGGUAUGGGCGGGAGUUCGCGCAACCCGUGGUGUGCUCGGUGGAAAAGUGCUAUACGAAGUAUCGGUAGGGGAUGAACUGCAACCGUCUACUCGAUCUCCGCUGAUUCCGGAAGGCGAAACUCCGACCCCAGAGAUCCGAAUAGGAUGGUCGACGUCGGUCGAGCGGGCAUUGCAGCUCGGCGAGUCUGAUCUUUCAUACGCUUACGCAAGCUCCGGGAAGAAAGUGGUCGGUGGCAACUUUGAGCAGUACGGUGUGGCUUACGGCAAGAACGACGUAGUGGGCGUGUACUUGGACCUUGAUUCAACUCCGUGCCGAAUGGAGUUUACGGUGAACCGCGUCCGCCAGGGAGAGGCUUUUCAGUUCGCAAAGGAAAGCCUGGACAGCAAGCCUCUGUUUCCACACAUUUAUGCAAAGAACCUUGCAUUCAAAGUAAACUUUGGCACAGUUCCGGAAGGUUUCCCGGUGUCCACAGAACAAAAGAAAACAGAAGAAAAGCCCAGCACGACUGCCCCCAAAGAAGAAGAGACCAAGGUUGAAGAUAAGGUGGAAGAUGCGACGGAGAAAAAGGAAGAUGAAAAGGUCGAAGAAACCAAGCCGGAAGAAGAGAGCCAGGAAGCAGACACCACCAUGACAGAACCAGCAGUGACCGAAGGUGUUCCCUUCGACUCGGAAUACAAAUUCCUAAACUGUUUAGUUGAAGCAAACAGCGAACUAGUCCUGGAAGGGCUGAAAAGCCCGCUGACUAGGGAGGAUUGUGAGCUUAUCAUGAUGAUUGGACUACCGGGAAGUGGCAAAACACAUUGGGUCACUCAGUACCUCAAAGAAAAUGCAGCUAAUGCAUUUACCUUGCUGAGUGUGGAUGGUUUACUGGAAAACAUGAAGGUUGAUGCCAAACCUAGAGAACCAUCCAAUACGCCCCAGUGGGAAAAGAUCGUCAAUCAGUUGUCCCGUAACAUGACCAGGUUGAUAGAACUUGCUUGCAAACGUCGGCGAAAUUUUAUCAUCGAUCAGACGAACGUUUUUGCGUCGGAGCAGAAGCGACGAUUGAAAGGAUUUGGUGGGUUCAAGACGCGCCGUGCGGUGGCAGUAGUUCCGAGCGUCGAAGAGUACAAACGUCGGUAUGAGCAGAAGGUAGCCAAGUAUGGGAAGGAAGUACCUGACACGACCCUCAACACAAUGAAGGCUAACAUUUUCGUGCCAUCAAGCGUACAAAACUGGUACACCGAGCUGCUGUUCCCCGAGCUGCCGGAGGCAGAGGCGCAGGAGGCGUUGAAAAAGCUGAACGAAGAAGGUCGUAAGCUGUUGCCGCCGCGACGAAACCGUGCAAAUCAGUCGAAUCGGCAGAAGCAUAACAACAACGCCAACGCGAACAACAACUACACGUCGCGUUGGAACCACAAUCGUCCCGGCCAGGGCGGAGCACAGCAGCAGCAACAGCAGUAUGGAAAGAAUCGAUACGGUGGUGGACCCGGCGGGUAUAAUCGCUACGGAGGACACAAGUCGAACGACGGCUCCCACCAGCAGUAUGGACACCACCGUGGCGGAGACUACCGCAGCGGAGGUGGUAAUGGAUACGGGCGGCGGGACGAUCAUCACCACCGUGGCGGUAAUUACGGUGGAGGAAGUGGGGUCAACCGUUACGACUCGUGGAACCGCAACAGUGGAGGAUAUUAUAACGAUCGUGGAUACGGCAAUCGGGGAUAUCAUCAGCAAGAUCAUGCUAACAAUCGCUACGAUCCGCGUCGACGUGAUCGUCGAGGAUACAACAACGGAUCGGGGUGGAAUGCACAGGGCGGCCAGUCACAACAGUGGAAUAACUAUCCAAAGUCCGGCAACGACGACUCGUGGUACAUGUGGUGGCAGUCCAAUCUGAAUAACUUACUUGGCCCGAACGGAGGCAGCGCCGAUGCAUCCGCUGCCGCGUCCUCGUGGAAUCAGUAUGGCAACCAGUCGUCGUCUUCGUACGGUGGCAAUUAUCAUUCAAAGGGUUCGGGCGCUGGUGGCGGCAAUGUCUGAUUUAGGAAGUCUUAAGUGUGGGAGUUUUUCUUGCAGAGAUCGUCUGCAUGCGUUUUUUUUUAAUGACAACUGAACCUGAAUUAAUAUUUAAAUCCGUGUAAAUCAAUGUAGCUGUAAGUAAGUUUUCCAUUUAAGCAAACAAUUUUUGAAAAACACCGUAAAAAUACAAAAGCGAUGUUUACACGAAACGCAAACUCGUCAAAAAAGUUAAAAACGACUCAGCAAUCAGUGCUUCUUUGUUUGGAGAAUAGUGUAAAUGCGUGAGAUUCACAUUAAUGUCAAUCGAAGAUACCACAGUUCUAUAUGGCGCAUGAAGAAUCGCACAGCCUAACAUCAUUUUAAAUCAAUUACCAGCAACCAUUGAUUAAUAUCUUCUUUCAAUCGAAAACAAACAAAUAAUCAAAUAGCUGCUGCGUUUGAGAUGGUUUUCGCAAAAACGAUUUCUACUUCUUCGUUUAUCCCUUGUGGAAUUUGACCUCUAUCAGUGGGGAGUUCCUGUGACCUAUUCGAAGAUCCGUGGUCCACCGGUGGUGCCAGACUCGAUAUUUGAACCCACAGCUUCAUGCGUGAUUUAAGCUUGCCGACCCCCAAAAUAAGCGUUAUGUAAAGCCAGGUUUACAUGAAGCGUAAAUGCUUAGUUUACACGAGGUGCAAAAGACUUAAAAUACACGCGAAAAUGACAGUUUUGCUGUCAUUUUUUUUCGUUUCGUGUGGGCGUUACUAUUCGUGAG